AUGAAUCCAAAGUUCUGGCUGGCAACCGUGUUUGUGAUGUCCCAGAUUGGUGUACUCAACGCCAACAGGCAGUGUCAUGUAAUCGAAAGCUCCAUUGGUGGAAUGAGCCUGAGAGGUCACGUGUUUAAAAUGUAUCGCGAUCAGUUGCCUGAAGAGUGUUUUUACCUGUGUGAGGAAGAAGUCACGUGUCAGAGUUACAAUAUCGUCAUUGGUCAAAACAUCUGUGAACUGAACAAUCGUACAAAGGAAGCACGGCCGGAAGAUUUUAUAUCGGAUCAGAGGCGAUUUUACAUGAAGCGUUCUAAAAACAGAGGUACCUUUACGUUCCCUCGACUAACUUUUUGGAUUUGCGUUUCUGGGAAAACUUGUUUUUUAAAUUUUUCAUUCAUGAUUACAGAAAACUCAGAUUUCAGAAAAACAAAAUUUAUAUAUUUAGAUAUAUUUCUAUGGCGAGCCUUUUGAUGAUUCAAUUUCGGGGAUUGUUUCAAUAUUGGUAAAGUAUUUCAAAAUACAGAGACGAGUCAAAAUUAAAGAAACUACGUUUUGGAAUCAUCGUCUCAUCAACGUCAUCGUGGGAAGAUAAUAUUUGACUGAAUUAUGAAGUCAAGCAACUCUUUUCCUUAGUCACCUUGAAAAUGGUGUAAAGAUGAUACCGAAAUGUUGGCUUGUUUCGUUGCGUUAUUGUUGCUGUCUUCCAUCUCAUUUCUUAGUCUAGAUCUGAUAAAAUUAGCACAGUUUUUAUUUCUUUCUGCUUUUACGCAGGCAGGAAAGGUAGGAGGUUUUUUUUUCUCUCCUGUCGCAUCAGGAGGUAUCGAACUGCAUGAUAGUGUAGAUUCUUGCCUGAAAUUUGUUUUUUCUGACGUAGUUCUCCUCGGAUCCAUCAAAGAACUUCCGGCGGAAACCUGUGGUGAGAUUGAAGCGAGUGAAGGGAACCAGAUGGCUGAGGAGAAAUACUGGAUUUACUCUGAAGAGAGUAGCGAGGUCAUCGAGGCCUAUUGUAAAGGUAAAUUGUUUGACUCAAUUUGUGCACUCAUUCAUGACCCCACUGCCUCUUUAACGUAUUAUCCUAUUCCGACUUUUUUUAAACCUACCAAAAUAAUAUCUCGUCUCAGUGUUUCUGCAGAAAAGUGAAUUGUAGCAAAAAAGGGGUUUGUUUUCAUUAAUUCCAAUAGAGAUAUGAACGCGGAGAAGAAGAUUAGUCAAUGACAUGAAUUGUUCUUUCUCUUAUACAAAAUUGUUAUAAUGGCGAAUGGGAAUGGAUUAAAACAACUAUCCAGGUCACGACGCCGAAAAGGAUAAUGGUUUACCUUUUUUAUUACUGGAAUUUAUCCUGCAAAUGGCUGUUAGCCUAGUAUAAUUCGAAAAUGCAUUGGCUGAUAGUAGCUAUUUUUUUAAAUACAGUUUAAUUAACUUUCAAAACUAUCUAGGUAUCUUAUUACUAUAUCUCAGAGAGCUGACAAAAGAUAAAUGGUGAAGAA